UUCCGCCGGUACAAGUACAGUGCUGUGGAUACAAAUCCUUUAUCUGUGUAUAUUAUGCAGCCCAUCUGGAACAAAAUUAUUAAGAUAGUGCCUUUGUGGAUUGCUCCCAACCUGUUAACCUUCUCUGGAUUUGUCAUGAUUUUAGUUAAUUAUUUUCUAAUAUCUUUUUAUGACUGGGACUACACUGCCUCAGGUACCAGUCCUGGACUUGUUCCCACCUGGGUGUGGCUGUUCAGUGCUUUGACUACCUUUUGUGCUUACGCUUUAGACUCCAUAGAUGGGAAACAUGCUCGAAGGACUCAGUCCAGUACUCCUCUGGGAGAAUUAUUUGACCAUGGGCUGGAUAGCUGGGCUACCUCCAUUUUUGUGCUUUCUUUUUUUUCUGUCUGUUCCCGUGACAAUGGGAAGACUGGAGUUUCUGUAUAUACAAUGUAUAUAUAUUUAAGCAUUGUCUUGUUUAACUUUAUGUGUUCACACUGGGAGAAAUAUAACACAGGAGUUCUUUUUCUUCCUUGGGGAUACGAUAUAAGCCAAGUGGUAUUAAUCGCAGCAUAUCUGCUCACUGGUGCUGUUGGUGUGGAAGUGUGGCAGAAGCCUUUCCUGUUUGGUUAUUACAUCACAGAUGCAUUAGUAAUCUUGCUUAUAGGCUUCAGUUUAUUUCUUUCAUUGCCACAAACACUAUACAACAUUCACAGAGCACAUUUAAAGAAAACACUGAAGAAUGAUUCUUUGUAUGAAGGACUCCUACCUCUCGUGUCACCGCUGUUGCUCUUCAUUCUUCUUACAGUCUGGGUGGUUUUAUCUCCAGGCAACAUAUUAGCAAAGCAACCAAGAGUGUUUUUAUGGAUGGUUGGAGUUACUUUCUCAAACAUCAUUUGCAAGGUGAUCGUCUGCCAGAUGAGCAGCACCCGGCCGGAGCUUUUCCACUGGUUCCUCUUCCCGCUGGCGCUGGUGGUCUACGCGGCCAUCUCCGGGCUGCUGGGCUGGACGGAAGAAGCGGUGCUCGCCGUGUUCACCGCGCUGGUCACGGCUGCCCACGUGCACUACGGGGUCUGCGUGGGGAGGCAGCUGAGUGAACACUUGAACAUUUACAUCUUUUCCCUGAAGAAACGUGUCCAAGAGUGAACACCUGCACUAUGAUCAGACUGCAACACUUGAC